AAUUUGAGCCUCACAAUGGUGUUUGAACGACAAAAGGAGGCGUUUUUCGCUCAGUCUGCCCAAAAACAGCUAGUAGCCGCUUCAGGCUCACAAUACAGCUGUGAAGUUGGAAGUGGUAAGUUCUACGGACUCUGUGCUUUCGGUGGUCUCCUCAGUUGUGGCCUCACUCACACUAUUGUCGUGCCAUUGGAUCUUGUCAAGUGCCGUAUUCAGGUCAAUCCUGACAAGUACAAGAGUCUUGGUAACGGGUUCAAGGUGUCCGUUGCAGAGGGAGGCAUGAAGGCCCUCACUCUGGGAUGGGCUCCAACCCUUGUAGGAUACUCUAUGCAGGGAAUCGGAAAGUUUGGGUUUUACGAGGCUUUCAAAAACUUCUACGGUGGAUUGAUGGGAGAGGAGAACGCCUUCCUGUACAGAACCACAAUGUACCUGGCUGCAAGUGCCUCAGCUGAGUUCUUCGCUGAUAUCUUCCUGUGUCCCAUGGAGAGUGUAAAGGUCAGGAUUCAAACCACCCCCGGAUGGGAGCAGACUCUUAGGGCAGGUGCCCCAAGGAUCAUGAGGGAAGAAGGUAUCAACGGUUUUUACAAAGGACUCGCACCCUUGUGGGCCAGACAGAUCCCUUACACUAUGAUGAAGUUCGCGUGCUUUGAGCGAACCGUAGAACUUCUUUAUAAAUACGUAGUACCCAAACCAAGAUCAGAUUGCGGCAAAGGAGAACAGCUUAUGGUGACAUUCAUUGCUGGAUACAUUGCUGGAGUAUUCUGUGCCAUCGUGUCUCACCCUGCCGACUCUAUAGUCUCUAAACUUAAUGCUAACCCUGGAGGUGGCGUAGUUUCGGCUGCUAAAGAAUUAGGACUUGCCGGUUGUUGGAAGGGACUCGGACCUCGUAUCAUCAUGAUCGGAACCCUGACCGCCCUCCAAUGGUUCAUCUACGAUUCAGUCAAAGUCGCCUUCCGUCUUCCUCGACCUCCUCCCCCAGAGAUGCCCGAAUCUCUGAAAAGAAAGCUCGCAGCUGCUCAGUAAUGAUGGUGCCAUCUGUCAAUAAAAACAUUUUGAUAUAUGCUCACUGUUAAUUCUUGUUCGUUCUGAGUCUAAGGCUCAGUUCUGCCAGUUCGAUUCCUGUUUGUAAAGAUUUUAUUGUUAAUUUAUACCGAUCUUGAAGUCGCCAUAUGAAA